AAUUUCGAUACAAUUUUCAUAUUAGAGAGUGGUAAAUACUACUCUAUAUUUAGAAAGGACAUUAGCUCAGAUAAUUCUUCAGAAAUGUUUCGAAAAAUAGCUGUUGGCAUAUCUGGGGGUGUGGAUAGUUCUGUCACAGCAUAUCUCCUAAAGAAAAAAGGUUAUGAAGUGCUUGGAGUAUACAUGAGAAAUUGGGACAUCAGGGAUGAGCAGGGAACUUGCUCUUCUGAUAAAGAUCUCAAAGAUGCUCAGACAACAUGCGACUUUUUGAAUAUACCUCUGGUACAGGUAAACUUCGUGAAAGAAUAUUGGAAUGAAGUGUUUUUGCAGUUUAUUGAUGACUAUGAGCAUGGUUUUACCCCAAAUCCAGACAUACUAUGUAACAAGUUCGUAAAAUUUAACUAUUUUUACAAAUAUGCAAGAACCAAACUGAAUUGUGAUGCUAUAGCAACUGGACACUAUGCAAAUACAAGUUUUGGAAAUUACCUAGAGAAUUAUCAGCAAGGGCAGCAUGUAAAAUUACUGAAAGCUAGAGAUACCACAAAAGAUCAAACAUUUUUUCUGAGCCAAAUCGAAGAGAGAUCAUUAAGAAAGACGUUUUUUCCAUUGGGGAACAUGCUGAAAAGAGAUGUAAAGCAAUAUGCAAGAAAGAUUGGUCUGCAAGCCCUUGCAGACAAGAAGGAAAGCAUGGGCAUCUGUUUUAUUGGAUCUAGAAAUUUCCAGCAUUUUAUUAGUGAUUACAUUGUAGACCAGCCUGGGGAUUUCAUAGAUGUGGAUACUGGUAAAGUAGUAGGUAAACAUGAGGGAAUUCAUCACUGGACCAUUGGGCAACGUGCGCACCUUGGUGGCUUCAGUCAAGCUUACUUCAUUGCUAAAAGAUGCUUCAAAAAUAAUAUAAUCUAUGUGGCACCUGGAACAAAUCAUCCGGCUCUGCACAGUUCUUUAUUUUUCACAGAUCAACCACAUUGGAUCAGCCAUGAUCCCCUGGUACAAUCCAAUUGUUUUGAUUGUGCCUUCAAGUUCCAACAUAUUAAUGACCUCAGCGAUUGUAGAGUAAUGCAAGUUGAGCAUGGCAUGGUGGUACGGGUAAACGGUGUAAAAAGAGGCUUGGCACCAGGGCAAUAUGCAGUGUUUUACAAGAAUGAAGAAUGUUUAGGAAGCAGUAGGAUUAUCAGUACAGGAGUGACCAACUUUACUUUAAACAUGUUAGAAUAUCUGAGAAGGAAGUCAAAUCAAAAUCAACAAACAGAACAGACACAUGCAUACGGUUAAGUCUCCAAUGAAGAAUUCAUCGUUUAACCACCUGAAGGUCUUCAAUACAUCAGUGUGAAGUGAUAUUACUUCAAAGGUGAUCGAAUUGUUCCUAAAUAAAUAUGUUUUGAUUCA